AUGGCAGUACCAAGCAUCUUCUCCAGACCAUUGCAUUUGAUUUUCUUCAUCUACUUUUUGAGUCACAUUCCAAUCACUAUCAUGAUUGACUCUCAACCUCUCUUGGUUGAUAAGAUCCCACAACUCUAUCCACCAAUCAUUAAACAAAUUUUGAAUGAUCACUGGUUAGAACCAUUCCAAGACAAGUUGAUGGUUGUCUUCCCAGUUUGGUUUGCUAGUUUUACAGUUUGUGAAGUCUUUUUGCAAUUCCCAUUCUUCUUCUUUGCUUGUUAUGCCUUCAUUGCUGGUAAGAACUGGAUCCGUAUUCCAUCAAUUAUUUAUGCCACACACGUUAUGACUACACUCGUUCCAAUUAUGAGUGCCUUCAUAUUUGAUCCUGCUUUCCUUAAUCACAAUCCAGUCUUGUUGGCUACCUAUUCUGUCUACUUUAUCAUUCCACUCUUGUUAUUGUUGAAUAUGGUUCUCUACACUAAUCCAUUCAAUUAUGAGGAAAAGAAGAUCAAGAAGCAAUAA